AAACGAAUGAAAACAAAUUAAUUGAUAAUAAUAUAAAUCAACAAUUAAAUUCUAAUAGAAAAAUGAAAGAUAAUGAUAUAUUACCUAUAUAUCAACCAAUUGAACAAACAAUAUAUCAGGAUAACUUAUCACCAUCUACUACAAGAAAACUUCAACAAAAUCAACAUCAGUAUGAUUGUCAACAGAUGGAACAUUUUCAUCAAUAUCCAUUGGUUGAUUAUAAUCAAUCUCCUGAUCUACAUCGUCAAAAACAUUUCAAUCAACAAUUAUCAAAUCAUAAUUUAACAAAUAAUCAAACUAAAAUUUCUAUCAAUGUUACAAAUCUUAAAUACAAUUAUAGUAACCGUUAUAAUAAUGAUUAUUCAACAUUAAACAAUACUGAUUACAUUAAAACAAAAGCCUCAACAACAAUACCAACAACAUUUACACAUAAGACUACAACAAUUGAUAACUGUUACCAAGUUAAUUUAAAAAGUAUUAUCAAUUUAUCUGAUAAAAAUAUUGAUUAUUUGAAUACUAAACGAUCUCCAGUGAAGUUUGCCAAUAAUCAUACGGAACAAUUUAACGAAAAUGUCUUAACUCUUAAAAAUUGUCCAAAAUUGUACCAUUCAGAGAGAAUCAAUCGGACAACAACGAAUAGUCAUUCUAAUGAUCAAAUUACAUCUAUAGAAAUCAAUCCAUCCAGUGCACCGUUCAAUAAUAGACAGGAGGUAAUUAUUAUGUCUGAUAACAAGAAUCAUAAAAAUCCAGUUAGUGAAUUAUCAUCAUCAACAACAACGACUACAACAGGGAAUUUACAACAUCAUCGUCAUCAACAACAACAACAAAUAUAUCAAGUGACAAGUCAGCCGCCUACACCGCUUCAACAGCAUCCACAACAGUUUACGUCAGGUUAUAUAAAAGACAAGUCUAAUUCACUUAAUAUUAAUGUUAAACAGAAUACUUCAGAUAAACUGAAAUUGAUCGAUUCAAGACGUACAACACCGAGACAAUUGAAACAAUAUCAAUUAAAACGUAAUCAACCAAUUACUCAUUCAUCAUUGACUACUAGUACUGAGUCACCACCAUCAUCAACACCAAUGAUUUCACCAGAAUUAUAUCAACCAAAAUAUACAAUCGCAUUAAAUCAUUCCCAUUCAGAAAAAGCAAAAACUAUCAAUUCACCUGAAAAUUUUCAUAGUUCCAUGGAAAAAUCAACAUUUCCUCAACAACAAAUGACCUCUAGUGAUUUAGCCACAUCAUUUAUUCGUACGGCAAGUUUACAUUUAAAAUCCACACUAUCACGAUUGAAACGUUCGAAUAGUGGACAUUCAAAUAAGCCAUCAGAUACAAUAACUACGACUACUACUCAUAUUAACGUUUUGCCUUCGGUUAAAACAAUUGAUGUUAAUGAGGCAGCAAUGCGUCAUAGUUCUCUUCCUUUUGAUAAUAAUGAUAAAUCUAUAAAACUAAUUGAUGAAAUCAAUGGUAAUACGAAGCAAUUGUAUAAAGAAUUAAAUACUACUACUACUACUGAAGAAAAUAAUAGUAAUUUAUCUUCAUCAUCACCUGGAUGUACAAAAUGGUCUACACGUUUAGGUCCUCCACCAUCCCCAUGUAAAACGACAGAUAUUAAUACUGCUGUCAUACAUCCUAAAUGUUGUAUAUCGACAACAUUCCAUGGAACUAACACAUCAGAGACAAUAGUCACAACGACAAUAAAUUCUACACAACUACCAUUAAAUAUUUUAAAUCAUAGUAAGAAAAAUGUUUUAAUUUUGAAAAAUACAACAACGAUGACUACUACUACUACUAAUUCUGUCAAUAUAAGUAGUGUAUCCCAAGUAUUGCCAAAAAAUGAACGGAAUGAAUUGAAUUUAUCAUUAACUGGUGGUGAUGAUUGUGCUGAUUUUGGAGCAUUUGGUCGAAUUAAUUUACGUACUGGAAGUUUUAUGGGUCGUUAUCCCAAUUAUUCACAUUCGAAUUAUCACUUAAUGAAUUAUGCCCAAAAUGGGCAGCAUAGGCAAUAUUUAUUGAGUGGUAACGAUAAUAGUAGUAGUAUACAAGAACAACAACAGCAACGUCAAAACGAUCAACAAAACCUUUCAGAUUACAGACCACUUUAUUUAUCUGUCCAACCGUAUACAACAUCACCAUCUGGGAAUACAACCCGAUCAGCACCAUCACCGAGUCUUUCAUCAAUCAUAUCAACGCAAGGUAUUCCAGGUUAUAAUGAAUCUUGUCAACAACAGCAAAUUGUAUAUUUUCGUCCUCAGAGUAAAUCGAUCAAUUUGAAAGCGUCAUCAUCCUCUUCCGUGUCAAUGAAACGUUCACCAAGAGUGAAUUCUAUGCAUAAUCCACAAUUGUUGCAUACAAUAGAUAAUCCAGAUGAUCAAUACUCAAUACCUAUAACACAUCCACAUGAAAUGUUAUUAUUAUCUUCUUCAUCAUCUCCGUCAUGUGUAAGUCCGCAUCCAGAAUUGGAUCCAAUUUUAGAACGCCUGUUAUUGGAUGUAACAAGUAUUGAUGAAUAUAGAACAGCAUUGCAUAGAAAUGAUUCAGUUACUCCGCCAUUAUCGACUAAUCGACAGCGUACUAUCAAUCGUAUACAUACUCCUUUAGGAUCAAGUGAUCCUGAAUCAAUUUCACGAUCAGCUGAUCAUAUAACCAAUGUGAAUUUAUCAAAUAAACAAUUAAAUAUUUUACAUGAUAAUAUAUGGGAUUUAAAUAAACAAAUUAAUGAUUUAAUACAAAUGGAAUUUAAUUAUAAACAGAAACAACCAACCAUUAAUAAUAAAUCACAAUUAUCACCAUUUGGUACUUUAAAAAUAGGUAGUUCAACAGUUGGACCUAGACGUUCAGCUCCAAAUGUUCAAGUUGAAGAAGACAGUAAAACUGAAGUUGACAGUCAAUCAACUAAACAACAACAGCAAACAGACGAAGCAUCCAAUACUACUGGCACAAAACCUGGAAAAUAUACACCAUUUAGAAAACAUCCAUUCCGUUGGUCAAGUCGGACAAGAUCAUCAACACAUAAAAAAAUGAUUCUAACACAUACACAAUCAUCUGUUGGACGAAGUGAUCAGCAUAUUAAUAAGGAUGAUCAUACAAUUCAUUUAUCUACGAGUUCUUUACAAACUACACCAAUCAAAUCAAUAAGUAAUACAGGGAGUAAUAAAUCUACUAGAAAUUAUCCGAUCAAUAACUGUGAUGAUAAUAAUAAUACAUCAAUUAGUUAUAAUCAGCUGAAUGGUGAACAACAUCCAACGGUAAUAUCUAGUCGAAUGAAUACAUUGAAUUCAAGUAGUAAUUUAUUAGAUACAAAAAAAGAUGAUUAUGUAACAUUUUGGUCGUUAUCAGUUGGACAGUUAACAAUAUUACGAAAAUUUGCUCUCAUACAAUUAGCUAGUAUAGCUGAUAAACAUUGUUCCAUAAAUCGAUCUCCAUUUAGUUGGCGUUUUAUGAAAUAUAGAGCACUUCUAACUUCUGGUGAUUCAAAUUUGCUAUCCAACUCAUUGAGUACAUCUCCAUUAUCCGAUACGAAACCAUUUUCUAGUAUAAAUAAUGAAAUGUUUGUGAAUAAUCUAAAUUCAACUGAAGUAAACAGUCUUUCUCAUCACAAUCAGACACAGCCAUCAGGUUGUGAACGUAUACCUCAAUUACCUAUUCGUUGUAUAUCCUAUACUGGACCAGUGUUUGGCCAAUCAUUAUCAAGUUGGCAACGUCGUUUAGGUUAUCCUCUUCCACCAGCUAUUGUGCAUAUGAUGGAUCAUUUAGAAUUAAAUGGUACUACAGCUCAUGGACUGUUUCGACGCCCAGGCGGUAAAUCCAGAAUAUUAGCAUUGAGAGAAGAGAUUGAACGUGACAUAAACUGGAGAAAAUUCAGUGAUUGGCAACCAUAUGAUAUAGCAGACUUAUUGAAACAAUUCUUUCGUGAAUUACCAGAAUGUUUAUUUACCAGUAAAUUAGCUACAGUGCUUGUCAAUGUUUAUAUAUGUGUUCCAAAUUCAGUACAAAUUGAUUUACUCCGUUGGAUAUUAAUUAGUUUACCAGAUGAAAAUCGUCUUGUUCUACAAAAAUUAUUAUAUUUACUCAAUCAUUUAUCACGUCAUAGUGAUGUAACUGAAAUGAGUGCUAGUAAUUUAGCUGUUUGUUUUGCACCAUCCUUAUAUCGAUUAAUUAAGCCAUCAUCUUUAUCUACUCAAGGUGUAAGUCUUAGUCCAAGACGUUUAAGACGAACAACUAGUGGACCAGAUCCCAAAGAUUUAGCUGAUCAACAUGCUGCACAAUUAAGUUUAAGUGCUAUGAUUACGUUAGCACCAAACUUAUUUCAAAUCUCCUGCUCUUUAUUAGAUCAUUCAACUCUCCUGACUAGUUUAACUCCAUUAGCACAAGAUUUAGAGUCAUUAAUACCAAAUGGUGAUUGGCCUCAAUGGAUACAAAAUUCAUUAACUGAUCUUAUACGUGAAUGUUCUUCAUCAAAAUCUAAAGGAUGGAACACGAUUAAUCGUGAUGUUAUGAAGCAUUACAAUGCUGAUUCGGGUGCUAAUGAAUUAUUGGAUAAUUUUGAAAUUCAUUACAAAAAAAUACCAACUUCAAUUGAAUCAAAAAUUACAUCAAAUUCAUUACGUUUAUGGCGUUGUUCAUUGUAUAUACCUGAAACUAAUCCACGUGUAAUAUUAAAUCGAUUUGUUGAAACUAGAUCAUCAUGGGAUCCAGAAGUCGUACAAAUGACAAUAGUUGAUCAAAUAUCUGAUUGUGUCGACCUUUGUGAACUACAUUUAUCUUCAACUUAUCCACAACCAAAAUGUCUAUUACAAUUAUUACGUGGUAUACAAUAUACAUUGGAUGAUGGAAGUUGUGCCAUGUUAAGUGAAUCAAUAUGUAAUUCUGCAUUUUCCAGUACAAACACUACUCAUUCUUUAACAACAUUAUCAACAAGUCAGUCGAUUAAUGUUCUAGGUCAUGUGUAUGAAGAUCAUGUCUAUAUUCGUCCAGAUAAUAAUGGUCGAGGUUGUCGUGUAUACUUAUUAUCUCGAGUUGACGUAAAAGGAUAUGGACCUGAUUGGUAUGUGAAUCAAUGGGGUCAUACAUUAUGUCGACGAUUAAUCAAUUUACGCCGAUCACUUCAAAGGUCGAAAUCACCAAUUUUAACUUAUGAAUUAGAAGAUUCAAUAUCUAGACCUUCUCCACCACCAUAUUCAACUGUAACUGUCAAUAAUUUAACAACUACUACUACUAAUACUAAUACUACAAGUACACAUAUACCAAUUUCAUCACCAACUAUAGAUACAUCAUCAAUAUCAACUGAUAUAUUAAUUAAUCGAUUUUAAGUGUUAUUUUUUGUUUGUUCGUUUAUCAAAUGUAAACUAAUCAUCGAGUCAUUUCAAAUCCACAGGAAGAUCUAUUUAAAUGAAAUAUAUAACAUAAAGCCUAUUUGUAUAUACAAUUUUCAUGUAUUUGUAUUUAUGAAUAUGAAAUUAUACAAAUACUUUUGUUGUUGUUGUCGUUGUUGUUUUUCUUUAUCAAUAUUUUCUUUUAUCCAGUUCAUUUAAAAAAAACAACUUUGUUUAUCCAUCCAGAUAACUUAUAUAUAUAGUAGAUACCUAUGAAAGUUGUUUUAACAUUUAUAUCUUACAAAUUGAAUACAAUAUAAUGAUGUGUGUGUGCUUGUGUGCGUGAAUGCGUGCUUGUCUGUGUGUGUGUAUGUAAUUCCCAAUUUUUUUCUUACCGAUUUAUUCAUUUUUUCUGUUUCCUAUUUUACAAUAGUAACAAUAUUCAAACUUUUAGUUUCAUAUACACAUACCCAUGUAUAUACACACACACCCAUACACGCACGCACAAAUACAUACAUACACAAACAUGGAGACAUUGGAGUACUUGUUUUGUAACUAUAAUGUUUACAUUUAAUACAUUGAAUUUCAAUCUCUUCUUUAAGAGGUAAUCAGAGUUGAAAUCUAACUCACCUCUAUUAUUAUUAUUAUCACCAUCAUCAUCAUAACGGUGUAUAAAUGAAGAUGAUGAAAAUCACCAGAGAACUAUUUGAAAUGAUUAUCCCAAUUGUGUAACAUACUGAAAUGAAUUCAUAUGUAUAUUUAUAUUUAUUAUAUAUAACAGAUUAUAUUGUUCUGAUUAGAAGAUGCUAUUCAAAGAAGAAAGUUUAUCAUAUUGUACAUAAUAUAACAAAUAAUAUAUAAAAUAGAAUUCAUUAUUUCUCUUUUGAAUAUAUAUAUACUCUUUCCAUUGAUCUAUCUAUCUAUCUAAUUACCUUCUUUUUUUUUCUUUGGCUUUCUGUUACUGUGCAUCAACUUUGGUAUUAUUGAUUUUAUCCACUUCUUGAUUGUAUAUUGAUAGAAUAUUGAGUUUUAUUACGUAAUAGAUUAUUUUUUAAACCUGAUAUUACACUUUCUCUAAUAAUAGUUUUUAUUUUAAUAAUCAUAGUUAAUUUGUAUUUAUAAUGUAGGGGGGGGGAAGGAUUGUUUCUUGGUCCUUGAAUGUAUAAACCAUAUAGAUAAGUAUUAAAAACCUCUCGUUCUCUCGUGUGUGUGUGUGUGUCCUUUUUUUGUUUCCUUGAUUAACUAUGUGUGUGUAUGUUUUUUUUUCCUUAUUAAUAGAGAAAUAUACUCAACUCAGUCCAGUUAAUAUGCCUAUUUUUUUUAAUUAUUAAUUCCAAUCAAUUGUCACUAUCAUCAGUUUUCUAUUAUUUUUGUUUCUUUCAAUUCAUUUACAAUCUCAUCGUUUUGAAGAUUAUGUCUUUCUAUCUUAUUGUUGCUAAUAUUAUUUGUUUA